AUGUCAGAAGCCCCAGACUUGGUGAGGCAGAGGCAGACAGGUCAGCAUGUUCUCCCCCUCCCUGCCUGUCCCGUGGGCAUGGACAUGGGGACAGUGGGCUCAGGUGGGGCUGUCCUCACAGGGCAGGUGGCAGCUGUCAACAUCGACUACCGCGAUGGCCGCUACCACGCGGCUGAGUCUGAGCGGUUCAGGAAGGCCAGGCUGCACGUGGAAAAGGCCAUUAAGGAGAAGAAGAUCUUUGCAGUGCAGGGCCCUUAUCCCGUCAUCCGCCGCCUGCUGCGUGCCCGGGGCUGGGUGGAGAGGAAGCUGCCCCACAAUGGCAAACAGCUGAAGCGGCAGCCUGGCGACCAAAAGAAACAGCAGCCGGAGAAGAGGACAAGUGGGGAUGAGCAGGGGGAGGCCGUGCUGAACCCACGUGGUGGGGCACAGCCUUCCCUGGGCACCACAGAGCCCCUGCACCACCCAUGGCCAUGCGAUAAGGAAAACAGGGAGGAAAGGGAGGAUGAAGACAAAGAGGAGUGCAGUGAGGACUCUGAUGACAUCCAUGAGCUCAUGUCCUUCCUAGUGCAGGACCAGGUGCCAAACUUCCUCUGGACCAUUCGCCUUAGCACCAUUGACCAGAAGCUGCUGCCGAGGAUUGAGGUGGUGAACCGCUAUCCGCGGCUGUACGCGCUUUGCACCAAGGAGGGGCUGUGCCAAAGCCUGCAAAACUUGCCCUGGUUCGAGCAAGUCGACUUCAACACCUUUUUCCCCCGGUGCUACCGGCUGGGGAUCGAGGACGAGCAGGAAGCCUUCAUUGAGGAUUUCCGCCUCACUGCGGCUCGCAGCCUGCUCAAACUAGCCCUGCAGAAGGUCGGGGACAGGCCAGUGGGGACAGAGCAGCCCCCCAAAUCCGACGAGGUGCCAGCAGGGCCGUGCUCCCCCCUGUAUCCCCAGCUGCUGGAGGAGGCCCUGGAGGUCUGUGAGCAGCACCUGGGCAUCCUGGGGCACCAGGACAUCGACAGGAACACCCCGUCACCCUGCCGGACAUGCAUCGACUGGGACCGCUUCCUGCAGGAGUACUACCGUGUGGCACAUGAAGGGACCAGGCUGGUGCUGAGCAGGGAGCAGCGGAAGCAGUGCCAGGACCUGCUGCAGCGCCUGGAGAAGCAGCUGCCGCAGCUCGGCAUAGAGGGCAACCUCAACAUCUGGAUCCUCAAGCCCAGCGCCAAAUCCCGCGGCAGGGGUAAGCAUGGGGCACACACAUCCUGCGGCAGGGGUAAGGCUGGGGGAAGCACGGGGCGCACACAUCCCCACGGAGCAGGGAUCCCACCAUCACUGCGUUACCCAGGUAUCGUCUGCGCGACGCGACUGGAGGAGGUGCUGGAGCUGGCGAAGAGCUGCACGAAGCCCUCGGCGCGGGUGUGCGAGUGGGUGGUGCAGAAGUACGUGGAGCGGCCGCUGACCGUCUUCAACACCAAAUUCGACAUCCGGCAGUGGUUCGUGGUGACUGACUGGAAGCCACUGACUGUCUGGUUUUACCGAGAAUGCUACCUGCGCUUCUGCUCCCAGCCCUUCUCCCUGUAUCACCUGGAGCCUGCCAGGCACCUCUGCAACGUCUCCAUCCAGAAGCGGUACAAAACAUUACAGCCGGACCCCCGCGUGCCCCACGACAAGAUCUGGUCCAACAAGCAGUUCCAGGCACACCUGGCACAGCUGGGGCGGGCAGAUGCUUGGCAGCGGGUGAUGGUGCCCGGCAUGAAGGCGGGGAUCCUGAACGCCUUGCGCUGCGCCCGGGAUCAGGUGGGCUCCCGCAAGGGCAGCUUUGAGCUCUUCGGAGCCGACUUCCUCAUCGGGGAAGACUUCCGGCCCUGGCUGCUGGAGAUCAACUCCUGCCCCACCAUGAGCCCCUCCUCGGCGGUGACCCGCCGGCUCUGCGCCAACGUCCAGCGGGACACGCUGCGCCUCGUGCUCGACCGCAAGGACAACCCCACCUGUUCCAUUGGUGCCUUUGAGCUCCUCUACAAGGAGGCAGCCGUGGCCUCAUGUCUGACUGUGGGGCUGAAACUGCUGGUCACAGGCUGUUCCCUGAAGAAAAGCCAGCCGGCAAAGCAUGGAUCCCAGGACAAGCUCCGCACCACUGCAUCGAGUGCUCCCCAGCUCUCUGCACCCUCAGGGGACAAAGCCAGCAAGGUCCCCUGGUCCAGAGAGGCACGGGAAAAGCUGUCUCCUCUGGGGCCGCAGAGCAGCUGCUGCCUGCCCACGUCUGACCCUCCAGCACUGCCACAGUCCCCAAGCUACUCUGCUGGAGACCAGGAGCUGCCGUGGCUCCUUCACCUGGUGGUCGGGCAGCCCGAGGAAGCUCAGCCCCAGGAAGCUCAGCCCCAGGAAGCUCAGCCCCAGGAAGCUUCGCCACCGAUCACCAGCUGUCCUCUGGAGAGCGGACCUGUGUCACCGUCCCAGGAAACGACCAGGAGUCCUUCCUGUCAGUCUCCAGGCAGUUCUGCUGGGAGCCAGGAGCUGCCAUGGCUCCUUCACCUCGUUGGGCAACCCGAGGAUGCUCAGCCUCAGGAAGCUCACACCCAGGAAACUCAGCCCAAGGCAACUUCGUCUCUGAUCGAUGUCCGUCCCCUGGAUAGGUUGCCACUGCUCCAGGAAGCGCGCAGGAGGCGCUGGCGACCGCGGGGUUCCUCUGCCAGGAGCCAGGGAUUGCCACAGCUCAGUCAGCUGGGUGGGCAGCCCCAGGCUGCUCAGCCCCACACAGUUCUGCCCCUGAUCAAUGGCCGUCGUCUGAGCACCGGGACCCCCGGCCCCUGCCUGGAACAGAAGAAGCACACGCCAGCUCCCAAGAGGGUGCAGAAGACCUGGGACACAGAGACAUCCCCACGAGGUGGCAGCGCCCUGCCCAUCCUGGAUGGGGUGACACAGCAGCACCCGGCUGCCUCCCACGCGAACCACACCCCAUUGCUGUGCCGCGGUAGCCACCUCAACCUGCACUCCUGCUUUAAUAGACUUUCAUGA